UAUGUCUUUCGACGACUUCUCAUCAUCUUACGAGCCUUCGAUCCCAUGGUUAUGGAUCAAUUCCGGAUUGUCCAACGAUGUUAUAAUGGAGCAGCUAAUUCCUGAUAUACAAUUACCUUGGGUACCACCACCGGUUAUACCAUGUCCAACUGGCCCAAAGAGUUCUUGUUCUCAAGCAGCAGAAUACGAAAUUAAAAAAGAGCCGAGUAACCAAUUGAAAAAUGCCUUAUCUGAUUUACAAAAAGCGGAGAGAGAAUGUGAAAUAUUAGAACAAGAGUUUGAAACUGUUAAAUCAAAGAUAAAGAGAAGGAAGCCGGGACCAAGAGCUGGUGCGCGUAAUAUGAUGUAUAAAAAACCGGAAACAUAUGUUCAAAUUGUCUCAAAAGCCAUUCUCUCGAAACCUGAACGAAGAGCGUCAUUAGCAGAUAUAUACGAAUAUGUAGAAUCAACAAAGUCAUCAGUAACAGAAAUUCCUUGUUCAUCGUGGAAAAAUACUGUUAGACACACACUAAGUACUCAUGAAUUUUUCAUAAGAGUUUCAAAAGCAGAGAACGGCCUUGGUUACGUAUGGUCAAUUCAUCCAGAUUGUGUACAAAUGUUUGAAAGCGGAAACUUUGAAGUCCGACAGGCCAGAGUAACAGCUAAAAUGAAUCCUGUAAAGCAGUAUUGUUGUUCGCGAAAACAUAAGACUACAAAUGUUUAA